CGAGAGAGAGAGACUCGCUCAGUCAGCUGAUGAAUUAUGCGGCAGAUGCCUCUUGCUGUGGCUCUGCCUGGCCAUGGAGCAGAGAGGGUGACAGUUCCGAGGCAGAGCUGCUGUUAGAGAGAGCGGCGCUUCUCCCCCGCUCUCUGCGUCCCUCCAGCACCGGGCGCUGUCCAAGGUCCUGAAGCCAGCUCUUCGCCGUCUCCUUCAGUCUGCUCCCGGGAGCGGGGGAAGCAGGUUCUGUAUCUACCCCCACCCCAGCCUCAGCAGCCCCCAACCCCUCACCCUACCCUGUGAAGGGGGAGCUGGACCACCCAGCACCCCCGUGGGGGUGGGGGUGGGGAAGGGGCUGGAGGAGGCAGCCUGAGCCAAGCUGACGAUGGCUCAAAGGACCGCGACUGGAGCUGAACAUGGUGAUCAUGUCAGAGCUGCUGAGAGGCGGCAGCUGGUGCUGGUUUAAUCGCUGAAGAAGAGAGAGAGAGGCAGGAAGGGAGACGGUGAGGAGGGCAGGGAGAGAAGAGAUAGAAAGGGGGAAGGAGAUAGGGAGAGAGAAGAGGAUAUUGAGGAAAGGAAAAAGGGAUUGAGGUAGAAGGAAGGAGAAAGAGAGAGAGAGGUAGAAGGAAGGACAUAGAUUAAGGGAAGGAGAAAGGGUGAGAGAUAGAGGGAAGGUGAUAGAGAGAGGGAAGCAGAAAGGAAGAGAGAUAGUGGGAAGUGAUAGAGGAAGGGAAGCUGAAAGGGAGAGGGAGAUAGAGGGAAGUACUAAGGGAGAGAGAUAGAGAGAGGCUGCCUCCCUAUGCAGAGGCAGGGCAGUAGGAUGGAGAGGGGAGACAAUAGCCAGGCCAAGGGCAGCGUGUGCUCUCAGGACUGGGAACUGGAUGGGGAACUGCCAGCACAGAAAGCAGCAGGCACCGGGAGCCCAGACUCAGGGCAGAGAUUGGGCUGCAGCCCACACCGAGAGGCAGCCCCCUGCUCACACAAGGCAGUGGCAUUCCUACAAAAAGCUCCAGGCUCAUGUGAGCAAAUCCUGGCAGCAGAGCAGGAACUGGCAGCUGGCAGUAACACCUUCAUGCAUCGUCAGAUCAGUGCCCUGCUUCAGCCUGGGGUCAACAAGUUUUCCCUUCGCAUGUUUGGCAGCCACAAGGCGGUGGAGAUCGAGCAGGAGAGGGUCAAGUCUGCUGGAUUCUGGAUCAUUCACCCCUACAGUGACUUCAGAUUUUACUGGGAUCUUGCCAUGCUGCUGCUGAUGGUGGGAAACCUGAUCAUCCUGCCAGUCGGCAUCACCUUCUUCAAAGACGAGAACACCCCCCCAUGGAUCGUCUUCAACGUGGUGUCCGACACCUUCUUCCUGAUGGACCUGGUGCUGAAUUUCCGGACGGGCAUUGUGGUGGAGGACAACACAGAGAUCAUCCUCGACCCUCACACCAUCAAGAUGAAAUACCUGAAGAGCUGGUUUCUGGUCGACUUUGUCUCCUCCAUCCCAGUUGACUAUGUCUUCCUGAUCGUGGACCUGGAGACCAGGGUAGACUCGGAAGUCUACAAGACUGCCAGGGCCCUGCGCAUUGUACGUUUCGCCAAGAUCCUCAGUCUUUUGCGCCUCCUGCGACUGUCCCGUCUCAUUCGCUACAUCCACCAGUGGGAGGAAAUUUUCCACAUGACCUAUGAUCUUGCGAGCGCAGUGGUGAGGAUAGUGAAUCUAAUCGGAAUGAUGCUGCUGCUGUGUCACUGGGACGGUUGUCUGCAAUUCCUCGUCCCAAUGCUCCAGGACUUUCCAGAAGAUUGUUGGGUCUCCAUUAACCACAUGCAGAACGACUCCUGGGGGAAGCAGUACUCACACGCCCUGUUCAAGGCCAUGAGCCACAUGCUGUGUAUCGGUUAUGGCCAACAGGCCCCCAAAGGGAUGACUGACAUCUGGCUCACCAUGCUCAGUAUGAUUGUGGGGGCUACCUGCUACGCCAUGUUCAUUGGACAUGCCACCGCACUCAUCCAAUCCCUUGACUCAUCACGACGCCAAUACCAGGAGAAGUACAAGCAGGUGGAGCAGUACAUGUCCUUUCACAAACUGCCAGCCGAGAUGCGUCAGCGAAUCCAUGAAUACUACGAGCACCGUUACCAGGGCAAGAUGUUUGACGAGGAGAAUAUCCUGGGGGAGCUGAGCGUUCCACUGAGAGAGGAGAUUGUUAACUUUAACUGCCGGAGUCUCGUUGCGACCAUGCCCCUGUUUGCAAACGCGGACCCGAUCUUUGUGACUGCCAUGUUGACCAAACUUCGCUUCGAGGUGUUCCACGUCUGUUUUGGGGGCCUGCCAGUUGUUGUGUCCAGUGACUUAUGGGGCAGUGGCAGCCUCUUGGGGAAUGCCGUUGGGCAACGGCUGUGGUAUGGCCUAGGGCAAAUAGUGUCUAUUGAAAGCUGUCUGGGGCCUGUAGGUGGCGAUCCCUGGUACAGACCUUGGCCAGUGAUGUGUGGAGCAGGGAGAGGCUGGAAGUCUGAGAAGAGGAAAGGUCGCCACACUCAUGAAGUUGCUAUGCAAUGCCAGUACCUGAUUGAUGCAGUUGUCCUGUACAGGGUUGGUGAAACAAAAAGGCGCAGAUCCAAGUUGUUUGGAUUUUAA